AUGUCCGCUUCCUCCUCCUUCUCCUCCGCGGCCGCGCUGCGGCCGGUCACUCACCUCAUCUUUGACAUGGACGGCCUCCUCCUGGAUACUGAGCAUCUCUAUACAGUAGUGUUCGAAGAGAUCUGUGGGCGUUUUGGAAAGACCUAUACCUGGGAUGUGAAAUCCUUGGUCAUGGGUAAAAGAGCCCUAGAAGGGGCACAGAUUAUUCGAGAUGUUUUAGAUCUUCCAAUAACCAAAGAAGAGUUAUUACAUGAAAGUAAAAUGAAGCAGGAGAAGAUAUUCCCUACUGCUGAAUUGAUGCCAGGGGUUGAUAAGCUGAUCCGUCAUUUACACAAACACAAUGUACCCAUAGCUGUUGCCACCAGCUCAGCUGAAGUGACAUUUCAGAUGAAAACAGCCAGACACAAAGACUUCUUUGGUCUUUUUCAUCAUAUUGUGUUGGGAGAUGACCCCGAGGUGAAGUGUGGCAAGCCACAGCCUGAUGCAUUUCUAGUUUGUGCAAAGAGAUUUCACCCUCCUGCACCUCCAGAGAAGUGUCUUGUGUUUGAAGAUUCACCACUUGGAGUCAAAGGAGCCCUGGCAGCAGGAAUGCAAGUGGUUAUGAUUCCAGAUGAAAAAUUAAAUCCAGAUCUUAAAAAGGAGGCAACACUACUGCUGAACUCCAUGAAGGAUUUCAAACCAGAGCUGUUUGGUUUACCAGCAUAUGAUUGAUGCCUAAUGUCCAUGAACAUGCACUUGACUGGACAUCAGGAAAGUGGAAUGAAAUUUUGUUAUGGUCUUAUGAUUGUUUUGCAUCUUUUCCUCUCUUCCUCAAAACUAGAGCACAAAAAUCCUGUUAACACCAUGACUUUCACACAGUACCUUUGAAAGGUGACUGGAAUAUUUAUGAUUUGUCCUCGUGAUAAGUGCUAAAUUAAAGCAGCAUUUCGUC